AUGCUUUCCACUCUCCGCGGCUCUGCCGUCCGUGCUGCCGCGAAGCAGAGCUCCGCCGGUCCUGUCACCCUGAUUGCGCGAGCCUCGACCUUCGCCAACGUCAAGGAGGGCCCUCCUGAUGCCAUCCUCGGUAUCACUGAAGCCUUCAAGAAGGAUAGCUUCUCCGAAAAGAUCAAUCUCGGCGUGGGUGCUUACCGUGAUGACCAGGGCAAGCCUUACGUUCUUCCCUCUGUUCGCGAGGCUGAGCAGAAGGUCGUUGGAAAGGCGCUUGAUAAGGAGUAUGCCGGCAUCACCGGUGUGCCUUCCUUCACCAAGGCGGCUGCUCUGCUAGCUUACGGGCCAGACUCGGCUGCUAUCAAGGAGGACCGCAUUGCCAUCACCCAAUCUAUCUCCGGCACUGGUGCUUUGAGAAUAGGUGGAGCCUUCCUCGAGCGCUUCUAUCCUCACGGCAAGGCCAUCUACAUUCCCACUCCCAGCUGGGCCAACCACAAGGCUGUCUUCACCGACUCGGGUCUUGACGUUAAGCAGUACAAAUACUACAACAAGGACACCAUCGGUCUUGAUUUUGACGGCAUGGUGGCCGACCUCAAGGCUGCUCCAGAGAACAGCAUCGUGCUCCUGCACGCCUGCGCCCACAACCCUACCGGCAUCGACCCUACCCCCGAGCAGUGGAAGCAGAUCUCGCAGGUCGUCAAAGAGAAGGGUCACUUCCCCUUCUUCGACAUGGCCUACCAGGGAUUCGCUUCCGGUGACACCGACAAGGAUGCAUACCCUAUCCGUCUGUUCAUCGAGGAAGGCCACCAGAUGGUUCUUGCGCAGUCGUUUGCCAAGAACAUGGGUCUCUACGGUGAGCGUGUCGGCGCCUUCUCCGUCGUGUGCGAAUCCGCCGAAGAGAAGAAACGUCUCGAUUCCCAGAUCAAGAUUCUGGUUCGUCCUCUGUACUCGAACCCUCCGGUGCACGGUGCGCGCAUCGCGUCCGAGAUCCUCAACGACCCCUCGCUCAACAAGCAGUGGCUCGGCGAGGUCAAGGGCAUGGCGGACCGCAUUAUCAAGAUGAGAGCUCUGCUCAAGGAGAACCUGCAGAAGCUUGGCAGCAAGCAGAACUGGGACCACAUUACGAACCAGAUCGGCAUGUUCGCUUACACUGGCCUGAAGCCGGAGCAGAUGGAGGUGUUGGCCAAGGAGCACUCGGUGUAUGCAACCAAGGAUGGCCGCAUCUCGGUGGCCGGCAUCACAAGCGCCAAUGUCAAGCGGCUUGCCGAGUCGAUUUACAAGACUACAGGCUAG